UUUGCCAUCAAAACCCUAGAAUCGUCGUUACGGGAGAGCUUUGGCGCUCAACACGCACUCACAAAAGCCCCGAAAACCCUCGCUCUCGUCUCCCCCAUGGCCUCCGCCGCGGGAACCAACAAUAGCGGCGGCGCCGGCGGCGGCGCCGCCACCGCCGCGGCGGUUCCCGCUCCGCCGCUGCCGCCGCCUCCUCCUGCGGUGGCGGUGGAGUGGCACCAGCGGCCGCCGAACCCUAAGAACCCGAUCGUCUUCUUCGACGUCACCAUCGGCACCAUCCCCGCCGGGCGCAUCAAGAUGGAGCUCUUCGCCGAUUUCGCCCCCAAGACCGCCGAGAACUUCAGGCAGUUUUGUACGGGCGAGUACAGAAAGGGUGGAGUACCAAUUGGUUAUAAGGGAUGUCAGUUUCAUCGAGUUAUAAAAGAUUUCAUGAUUCAAGCGGGUGAUUUCCUAAAGGGCGAUGGCAGUGGCUGUGUAAGUAUCUAUGGCAGUAAGUUUGAGGAUGAGAACUUCAUUGCAAAGCAUACUGGACCUGGUCUACUUUCUAUGGCAAAUAGUGGGCCAAACUCUAAUGGAUGUCAGUUUUUUGUAACAUGUGCAAAGUGCGAGUGGCUAGAUAAUAAGCAUGUGGUCUUUGGGAGGGUUUUGGGGGAAGGACUUCUUGUUGUCAGAAAGAUUGAGAAUGUGGCGACUGGACCCAACAAUCGGCCGAAACUUGCUUGUGUAAUAGCUGAAUGUGGCGAGAUGUAGAACGCGGCAUGUGUAAAACCAUCGCUUUUCGUUAUUUGGUUUCACUGAGUUACAUUUAUUGACUGAUUUAUCACUUGUACAACUUAACAGUAGAACUGUAGAUGAUAACAUUCCGACGGUGAAGCUGAGUUGAAAGUUAUCUUUCACCGAGACAAGUAAUGAUAGACUGCAUGACCCUAUAUUUUUGUAUUAGGGAUUUUGGUCGAUCUGUGACUUCAUUUUUAAGAGAUCCAAAUUGGAUUUUCAUCUGCUGUA